AUGGCCUCCAACACGGGUGGAAAGGUAGACUUUGAACUAUACCGCUAUACACCUUCUCUCGUGGCUGCAAUCCUGUUCACUGUUCUGUUUGUGCUCGCAACUUUCUAUCACCUUUACCAGGUCGUUCGUACACGAUCCUGGUAUUUUACAGUCUUUGUCACCGGAGGAGCCUUUCAAAUCAUAGGUUAUAUCUGCCGUGCGCUAGCCCAUAACGACAAAGAGAAUGUCCCGCUUUACUCAAUUAGCACUAUCAUGAUACUUCUUGCUCCUCCUCUCUAUGCAGCCUCGAUAUAUAUGACUCUCGGUCGUCUUAUUGUGCAUUUGGACGCUGAGAAUUUAAGUGUGGUGCCAGUGAAAUGGCUCACCAUAAUUUUUGUCUCUGGAGACGUGAUCGCGUUUCUGAUGCAAGCAGCAGGCGGAGGGAUCAUGGCAAGUGGAACUAUUAGCGCGAUGACCACCGGCGAACAUAUUACGAUUGGCGGUCUCGCCGUACAAUUGGUGUUCUUCACCGUUUUCAUCAUAGCUUCAACAAUCUUUCACUACAGGAUUCGCAAUAAUCCCACCGAGAAGUCUGUCGGCCCAUCACGCUCAUCUACAGUACUACAAAUGGCUACUUGGGAAAUCGUCAUGGUCGGGCUAUACGUGGCCAGCAUUCUGAUUCUCAUUCGGUCGAUUUUCCGACUCAUUGAAUACGCCCAGGGCAACAAUGGGUACCUCAUCAGCCACGAGGCGUUCCUAUAUGUCUUUGAUUCAACGUUGAUGUUAUUCACCAUGGUUGCGAUGAGUAUUUUCCACCCAUCGAAGAUUCUUUCUCGGCCAACGAAGCCACAACGUGCUUCGAGAAGGUCGCGUUCAGCAAACAAGGAGUUACCUCCGACAAGAGAAGAGGUCUAG